UAUCGAGCAUACCCAUGGCAACUGCAUGUUAUGACCCGCCCUCCGAGCGUAGCAAGCAACGGUAGGGGAGACGGUGUCAUUCGGUUUUCGUUAAGGAGUACAGCACUCGAGGGGAAAACGGGAGGCUGUUUGUCUUCCAGGGACUCUAAACCCAAUAAAGUAACGGCCGGGGUACCAGGGCGAUUCCCGAAGUGCGCAGAAGCUUCAAGGGGUGGAGCCGCGAGGCACUACCUUGUGCGUUACAUUCGUCACCCUAAGUUAGUCGUCUUGUUACUGUCAUUAUCACCCAGCAGCAUCCAUGAGCCAAUGGAGCAGAGUUUGUUUGAAUAAUAAGGAGAAAAAUCUGUUUAACUCCUGACCAAGUGCUAUUAUUUGGAUGCGCUGGACGCCGCUUCCAUGAACUUCAGAAAUCAAGGAUUCUUUCGGAGGUCUGCUCCAUCUGCCUCUAUUUCCAAGAACAGUGCAGGUGGCCUUUCUGUUCUGGGAAGCAUUGCCCAAAUUACACCCUGCCUUUACUUGAGCAGUGGAAAUGCUGCAACAAAUCGUCACCUGGUUUAUUCCCGCUCAGUGACCUGCAUUAUUAAUGCCACAAUGGAGAUUCCUAAUACAAACUGGCCAGAUAUGGAGUACGUCAAAGUGCCAGUUGCUGAUUUGCCACAUGCUUUGCUCUCACUCUAUUUUGACACAGUGGCUGACAAGAUUAACCAGAUGGAAAAAAAUAAUGGGCGCACACUGGUGCACUGUGUAGCAGGGGUCAGCCGUUCUGCCUCCCUUGUCAUUGCAUAUCUGAUGAAGUACCAUAAGCUUUCACUGGUGGAGGCCCAUGACUGGGUAAAGGCACGCCGUCCUAUCAUUCGUCCUAACUCAGGUUUCUGGCAACAGCUUAUUGACUACGAGAGGAAACUUUUUGGAACGAAUACUGUUAAGAUGGUUCCUUCUCCAAUCGGGAUGGUGCCGGACAUUUAUGAAAAGGAAACUCGUAGCCUCUUACCUUUCUGGAGUAUACGAUAGUAAAAAGGAAACACACUUGAAUAUGGAAGACCUGCACAAUUUAAUUCCUUUCUCUAUUAAAAGAUGGCAAAGCAACAAUCUUACAUUAGUUUCUCUGCUUACAAAUUUCAGGAGCAAAACAAACAAAAAAUUAUAUUUAAAAUCUUUAUUUGUAAUUUAUUUCUCUUGUUUUUCUUUGUUAAAUAAAGUAGAAAUCUAAAAUUA